UGUUAUCAAAGCAGAGCGCAGUAGUAUUUUGGGGCCGAACAACCUGGCUUCAAUAGUUUCUCUGCACGCUGGACUGACAGUACAGUGUUUCUAUUCGGGUUCCUGUCUCACUUAGCUUUCAGCAGUGGGCAUUCGGCCUCUUCGCGGGAGGAUGGUGCUGUCUACAUCACAACAAGUCGCCCUGGCUUUCACGGCCGUGCUGUUUACGUUUGUCGUCCUGCCGAGGUUGCUCGGCGUCGGCGGCGGGACCUCGGCGAAAGAAACCAAAUUCGACAACCGUUACACCAGAAAAGGUCCAGGCCCGGGUGCAGUUAGAGGUCAGAACAUCAACAUGAACGCCCCCAGCUCACAUAAGAACCCUGACAACGUGCAACAAAUUAAAAAACGCAUGGAGCAAGAGCUGAAGAGUGACAAGUACAAAUCCAACAGCAAUAAGGGCUAUGUGUUCACGCUGAUGCCUCUCUAUGCCAUCGGAGUAGGUGUGUUUGCAGCCUACAAGUUUUUGAAGAUCAAAUCUGCAGAUGACAAGGCACAAAAGGACAAAUUUGCAAAAGGGGCCAAAAAAUCAGCGGAGGCAGAGAACCAGUUGAAUGAGCUGGAACAAAGGCUGGCGCAGACAGAAAGGAUGCUCAAUUCCAUCCUCACGCAGCUGGACCCACUCACUAACUGUGUGAAGUCGGUGGCCCAAGAUCAGAAGAACGAGAUCAUGUCUCAGCUCCAGACCAUCCGGUACCUAAUGAAGAAGCGAGGGAUGGACUGUCCGCCCCUGAACAUGAACGAGGCAACCUGUGAGCGCAACCUGGACGACCUCAUCGAGUCCCUCGGGGCCAGCGACGCCUCGGCGGCGGCGGACAAGCAGCCCUCUGAAAAAACUUGUGAAAAAGUGUACGAAAAGCGAUUAGAUGUAAAAGACGACGCCGAAGCAGAAGGUGAAGACAUGAAGGAGCUUAGACCAGAAGAAUCGGUAGGAGAAGAAGAGGAUGGGGAUGCAGAGGAGGGGCAGGGGGAGGUGGAGGUGGAGAAGGAGGAGGAGGAGGAGGUAGAUAGAGCAGAAGAGGAUAAAGAAGGCUGGGAGAACUCUGAGCCCAUCCCCUCCCUAGAGGACUUGUGCGAGACAAACAUUGAGAAGGCCGGAGUGGAGCAGUCUGCCUCCGGCCUCAGGCGACGCAACAGGCCUGAAUGAACUGACAGCAGGACUCCUGCACCGUACAGAAACGUGACGAAUUACUAUCGAAUAUUUAUUACUCAAAAGGCUUUCAUUCCAAAACACUCAUUCAUUUCAUAAAGAAAGCGAAUAGUCAACACAUACAGCUCUGUUUGUGUUGUGCGAGGGCUCUUCUUGUGUUUUAGCUCGGAGUACCAUGUGUCAGGAGACUGGUAAAGUGUGAUUAGGCAGAUUUAAAUGACAAUAUAUAUAAUAUUAUUUCUGUCAAUAUGAAGAGAGUUCAUAAAUAAAAGACAACUACAAGGUAAAGGUGUUAUCCACACAGCCUCCAGGUUAGCUUCUUGUCUUAGGUUAUUUUCUGAUUUGAGACAUUCUGUCGCUUCAUCCCCCACAGAGCGAACAUGUGUACACGGCGUAAAGCCAGCACACAUCCCACAUGUUAUUUAACCACCAGCUCUCCUGUCCUCUGUUCUGAAGCCUUCUUCCACCACUAGUCUUUGUCCUUAUGUCUGCGGGCGUGAAAAUAGAGCCAGCAACGUUCUUCCUUAUUCUGUUGUAAGUCACUAAUCUGCACAUUUUUCAGAUCUUCGUUCACUUGCCACGAUUUACAUUUUGCUCCAGUGCCGAAGGCUGAACACGUGUUUGCCAGGAGGUUGAUUCAGUGUGUGUUUGCGUUUCCCUCCCAACGGACAAACCGUCCAACGUAGGCUGCUGUGUUAAUGUCCACAAUAGCCGCAUAUUGUGUCUCAUCCUGCUAUGUCAAGUCAAAACGUCUGCUGCUGACUUCACCGUUGAGAUAAAUACCACAUGAUAUGAGCUGAGAGUUUGAGGGCUGAGCUUUGGCUGUUGCAUGUUAGCUCUUCUUUACCAGGUGCUGCCACCCUCGGGUUGAUGUUGGAAUAGCAGGACCCAGUGCCAGGAAGUUACCUAUGCUACACUAGGUUUGAGAAAAGCCUGAUAGUUUUAUGAAAUGUCCCUGUUCUUUUGAUUUGUUUUUAUUUUUUAACUUUUGAAUAUAUUCCUGUCCCAGAUCCUAACUGACAUGAGUGCUGCUGCUGGAUGCUACUUAGACUGCAGGAUAUGACGAGCUAUAUUGUAGAACUCCUGUGGCAUGUCGUUUAUAUGUCAAAGCAUGGCUGUGCAUGUUUGAUUUUUUUUUUUUUUAACUUUUUUUUAUGUGUGAGUGCAUACUGACUGCAUGAUGUGAAUUAAUUUAUUUAUUGAAGAGGGAAAUGACAAUCAUUUGAUCAGCCAGAAACCCACGAUCUGUCAUUCUCUCAUUCUACACUGUUACAUAACUUUCAUUUAAGAUUAGUGUCUGUUUGUUAGAAACCAGUUAUCGCUUUGCCUUAUAUUAUUAUUUUGUAUUGUUAUUAUUCAUUUGGAAAAAUUGAGAUUGAGGCUUACAUGUUAUCAAGUUGUUGUCAUCAUUCAUUCAUGAAGCCACUAAUGUCAGUACAUAUUAACAUUGCACAAAGCGUCUUGAGACAAUUUUUAUUGUUAUUGACACAAUAUAAAGAAACUGAAUUGAACUUGCGAUGGUAGGUCAAAUGCUGAUGUGUUCAAAUGUGGCUCUCUAGCCCAAUGCCCUGUGAGAUGUCAUUAACUGUGUGGUAAUACUGUGUAAUGAUACUACUUCUGAAGAAAGAUGUGACUUUUAUUUCAUUGUUUUUACUCCUAAGUUCUGGCAGUUUGUCGCCAUGACCCAGAAACCACAAUCUUUGCCUUAAUUUAUCGAGAUAAAUGUUUUAUAUUCAUAUCCCUUUGCACGUCGUUUCACGUCUGUCUUGAAUGUUUCACGUGGGGGCUGAAGGAACGAACUCGACUUGUCUUACUAGAAAAUAAAAUGAACGGAGAGAAAAAAAAAAA